AUGAAAAAAGUUACUAAUUUUAGCGAUUGUCCAUGCGAACGUUACAACAACACUCUAGAUAAAGCUAUGAAACGAAUUAAAACUAUUCAUGAAAAAUAUCUAUUCAUUAAGAAUAUCAUAACAGCUGAGAAAACACCUGAUUAUCAAACGACGAUAACUUAUACAACGCAUGGUGAUGUCGUUUUUCUCAUUGAAAAUAUUAUUCCAUUGCUAGAAAGAUGGCAGGCUCCAAUAAGCAUAGCUUUAUAUACUCCCGGAUCUGAUUUCAAUGUGACAUUAGAUGCAAUUUUAUAUUUUAGGAAUUGUCAUGAUCAACGAGAUCUUGUGAGAGAUUUUGCGUCAUUUCAUUUCUUCCUUGAGAAGGAUUUAGUGCCUAAAGACAUGAAUCUUAAAGUUGAUGAAUCAAAAUUUUCUUGCUCUUCAAAUGACCAUCUUCUAAAUCUUAAACAUGAAGCUUAUCCUGAUGGAAAAAGUGUCUUUGUACUACCUGUGUUUGAAAUUGAAAAAGGUGUCGAAUUGCCUCAAAAUAAAUCACAACUUCGUAAGCUUUUCAAGGAUCACAAAUUGUUUUUGUUUCAUGAAAAGGUAUGUCGAAGAUGUCAUAAAGUUCCAAACCAAACGCAAUGGAUGGAAGAAGAUGAUCCAGAAUUGAAAGUGUUUGUAAGUGUCAAAAGGAAAGGUGAACAGGAAAUUUGGGAACCUUUUUAUGUUGGUACAAAUGCUGAACCAAUUUUUGACGAGCGAUUGAGUUGGGAAGGACAAUUUAAUAAAAUGAUACAAGCUUACACCAUGUGUCUACUUGAUUAUAAUUAUCACGUGCUUUCAAAUGCAUUCCUCAUUCAUAGACCAGGAAUAAAGACAAAAAAACAAGCAACACGAGUAAAAUGGGAAGCUGUUGGUCGAAAAACUAUACAGGAACUCAUAAGGCCUGAUCUUAAACUAUUGUAUGGAGAGAGAAAAGGUUGUUGGAUUGUUGGAAUGGAUAAAAGUAACCGAUAA